CUUAUUUUCCUUUGCAAGCCACUGCCGUUUCAUUUUCAAAUGACUUUUUCUCUGGAGAGCUUGGUUGAUUGAUUCAUGGUGAUGGACAGAAGGGAGAAUCAAUCUCCGCAAGAUGAGACUGCUCGCAUUCUUGUGGAAUUUUUAGAGGUCGCCAUUACUUCAAUCGUUUUUCUCAAAGGAAUUUAUCCUUCUGGCGCAUUUGAGAGAAGGAGAUAUAUGAAUGCGGUGGUUCAGAGGGCUCGCCAUCCUCAGCUCAGAGACUACAUCCACUCUGCUGUCUCUGGACUUCUUCCUUUUAUCCAAAAGGGAUUGGUGGAGAGAGUAGCAGUUAUUUUCUUCAAUGUUGACAACAUUCCCAUAGAGAGAUUCAUAUUCAAGCUUGCAGUGAACCAAUCGUAUGACUCAAAAGUAGAAGAAGCUGCCCUGGAGUUCUCUCUCAGGUCGUUCUUGAUCAAGCUUCCUGUAUCAGAAACCCUCACUAAGGCUCUCCCCAGGGAUUGCAGAUGGGAGAUAACAGCAUACUUCCAUUCUCUUCCUGAUGCAAGUAGGAGCAAAGAUGCAGAGGUAUGGAUCCCAACAGACACUAAGCAGUGGCAGACGCCUCCAGUAAUAUCUCCUAUCAAAUCAAUGACUACUGAACCUCUUUGUCUGCAGUUAUAUUUGGAACAUCCAAGUUCAUCUGAACCCGACUCUUGAAAUAGAGAUCCUAUGUUUUCUUGAUGUGGAAUAAAGUUGUUUACAUACAAAUAGAAAUUUGAAAAAUGGCCCCUAAGCUAAUUUAGUCUCCA